AUGGCCGACGCAGCAGAGUGCAAUGGCGAGGCCGUCGAUCUCGGCCGUAGAGGUCUCCGAAUCGGCGCAAUUUUUAUCAUCAUGGCUUCCUCGCUCAUUGGCGCAAUCUUGCCCAUUUUCCUGGCGCGCCAGAAGACGAUCCCCGUACCCAAGUUCACCUUUUUCAUUUGCAAGUUUGUCGGUACCGGUGUUAUUAUAGCGACAGCUUUUAUGCAUCUUCUGGUCCCGGCUGUUGAGAACUUGGGCGACGAAUGUCUCGCCGAUCGCCUGGGUGGCUACGACUGGGCCGAGGCCAUCGCCCUCAUGACCGUCAUUGUCAUGUUCUUUGUCGAAAUGCUCGCCGCCCGUCUCAGCAACGCCGAUAUGGAGCACAACCACUCCGACGAGUUCGACCCUGCCAUGGAAGUCAUUGCCAAGAAGCAACCCAGCACUGACAUCGAGACCGGAGACCGUAGGGCAUCCGGCUACGCCCCUGGAGGUGAUGAGCACCUUGCCCAUGGGCGCGAGCACAAGGAGGGCGAUGCGCAGGGCGGACUUGCUGGCCAGCUUCUCGCCAUCUUCAUUCUUGAGUUCGGAGUCGUGUUCCACAGCAUCUUCAUCGGUCUCACCCUCGGCACCAUUGCCUCUGAUGAGCUUACGGUUCUUCUGAUCGUCCUUGUCUUUCACCAGAUGUUUGAGGGUCUCGGUCUUGGUUCGCGCCUGGCUGUUGCUCCUUGGCCCAGUAACCGACAGUGGAUGCCGUACCUGCUCGGGCUCAUCUUCGCUCUGUCGACUCCCAUUGGCAUUGCUGCUGGCAUAGGAGCUAAGCCUAACAAUGCCAGCGACCAGAAGCUUAUCAACGGAAUUUUCGACGCCAUCAGUGCUGGUAUUCUCAUGUACACUGGUCUGGUUGAGCUCCUCGCUCACGAGUUCAUGUUCAACCCUUACAUGCGCAAGGCUCCCAUCAAGAUCCUGUUGCUGGCCUUUGCUUGCGUCUCAUUUGGUGUUGCUGUUAUGGCUAUUCUCGCCAAAUGGGCAUAA